AUGGCAUCGUCCUCAAACAAGUACACGUUUCGGGCAUUUAUGGCGCUCAGUUUCAAUGGACAUGGUUUGAAAACUCUUGAAACAUUGGUUCGUAUACUUCGUUCAUUGCAUGGUUCGGAUGGGCUUUAUUGGCAAACUGUCUAUCAUUAUCAUGUCACAUUGAAAUUCUUGGGCAAUAUUGAUACAUUUCUCUUGAAAAGAAUAACGAAACAAAUGAAAAUUUGGGCUCAUGCCUCAGCACCAUUUCAACUAUCACUAAACACUAUAACUGGUUUUCCAACACCCCAUAAAACAAGAUGCAUCGUGGCUACGUUAAAUGAUUCUGAUGUUCGUCUCAAAAGACUUGUUGAUCAAAUAGCUGGAUAUUUUGCAAUGUUUGACUUUGCUAUUGAUGGUAGACCCUUUAUUCCUCAUGUUACAUUAGCUAGAGCUUUUUUCGCUGAUCAUUUUGGUAAAAAAACUUUUUAA